ACGAUCAUUCUUUUCAUUCUGGUGAAAGCCAUGGAAAAUAACUCAUGACUUGGACAAUGCUUGGCUUGUACAUGAAAAGCAUGUAAGAAGAUCCUCGAGAUUUUGGAUUGCGGGAGUGAGUAAUAUUAAACGCCGCAUACAUAGUCAAUCCAAAGAAUCUCUAAAUUGGUUUGCAUUUUACCUUUUACCACGAAGGAUAGUGCUCAAAAAAUUGUAUUUGGCUGCGACAAACACCAUCGGUUGUCCCCGUAAUACAAAUGUCCACCACGGACGCAAAUGAACAACUUUCUACACCAAAGAAACCUAACACAGACGUGUUGGACGACGAAGACGACGAUGUUCCACAAUUAUCAGCUCACGCUCUUGCAGCCCUUCAUGACUUUUAUGAUGAUCAGCGUGUGAUUCAAGAAGCCUUGGAGGAGGCGAAGAAAAACGGAAACGACAACUCAGUCCUUUUCAAAACAGAUUUGGGCAAGUUCUUUCCGGAAGAUUGGCAAUUGAGUCAAUUUUGGUAUGAAGAGACAACGUCAAGAAAAUUAGCGGAAGAGGUCCUUGCUCAAGCUGGUCCUAAUGGAAGGGUUGCCUGCGUUAGCUGUCCCUCAAUAUUCAGAGCGUGUCAGGUUUCGGAGAACGUUGACCUAUUCGAAUUUGACAAACGUUUCGACGCCUUCGGAUCCUACUUCAUCUUUUAUGACUACAAGGACCCUGAAAAUGUUCCUGAGGAGUGCCUACAGGCCUACAAAGUCGUCAUAGUGGAUCCCCCAUUUUUAAGUGAGGAAUGUUUAGAGAAGGUUGCAAUCACGGUAAAAAAGAUUGUUGCUGCGAAUGGGAAGAUCAUCCUAUGCUCAGGAAACGUGAUGGAAGCGAAAGCUUUUGAAACAAUGGGUCUUAAACCGUGCGCAUUCGUUCCAAUUCAUAAGAAGACUUGUUUGAAGAAUCCAUUCGCUUGUUUUACAAAUUACGAUUGUCAACUUAAUAAUAAUGCAAGUUAAAGCCAUUUAACUGUUUUUCGGUUUAUACUUUAUUUAUAAAGUAUUUAUGUACAUGGUGGGCACAAACUUAAAGAAUGCUCUAUUUCGCACUUUUUCGAGAUAAAAAUUUGAAAAUUGACAGGAUAGUAGCACAGAAAGACUGUGGGUGGACCCUGUUUCUCAAGGGACAUGCUUUUUAAAGCUUAUUUUCAACUCCCACUGAUUUUUGUCCUUGCUAAAUAUCAAUCAAAAAAUAAAGCCACACCUAGGAGAAAAAUCACUGUGGGAGGUGAAAAGUGAGCUUAAAAAAUCAUGGCCUUUCACCUUUUUGAGAAACAGGAACGGUGUCUAGUAUCCACAAUCUUUCUGUGCUACUAUUACUAUCCUGCCACUUUUCAAAUCUCGAUAAAUGGGCGAAAUAAAGUAUUUGUUUUAAUGCGUGGCUAUGCUUUAUGCAUCCUGAGUAUUCAUGAGUUCAUGAUUAAACUAAAUUAAUUAAUCAGUCAUUAUAUUAAGUGUUUAACUGUCAAAUAAAGUCAUUAUCAUUAUGCUUUUCUUAAA